GUGUCGCGCGGAUCUCGACUCUGAAGGUCCGUGACACUUAACAUAUAUAGAAAAUUGGACACGUUAUGAUAGAUCGCAUCAAUUAUAAUGAAUGUCGCACCAAUUAGACUAAUUUGUAUGACAUUGAACAGUCCGAAAGAAUUUGUGAACUAAAAUCAUACCACAGCCAAAAAGCACAUUAUUUCCUUUUUCCCAUCUUAAACCUAUCCUUUUUUGGUUUUUUAAUUUUAAGGGAGAAUUAAAAAGCAAUCAAUUUGUAAAUAAGUUUAACCGAACCAUCAUACCUGCACUCCUAACUUUCCGUGUGCGCCUAAGUUUGAGUAAUUCUCAUAGACGAGAGCUUCCCUGUGUCACGGUUCUCUGACUGGUUCCUCCGAUUUCUUACUUUGUGUCAAUCCAUUUGUUAGUUUAUCUUUGUUGCAUUACACUGUGUAAGGGUUUGAUCUCCUUAUGGAAGAAGUGUUUCCUCCGUAUCAUGUUUUUAUUAAUCACAGAGGACCUGAUGUCAAGAAAACCCUUGCCAGCCACAUCUAUUAUGCUCUCGAAACGCAUGGAUUGAGGGUAUUUCUCGAUAAACAGGAAUUGCAAGUGGGGGAUUUCUUAACCCCUGCAAUUCAAUCUGCCAUUCGUAGUGCCUCCGUUCAGAUCGCCAUUUUCUCCAAAACAUAUGCGCAAUCCCCGUGGUGUUUGGAUGAGCUGGUAUGGAUGCUUGAUUCUGACCCUACUUCUAUUAAGAUCAUCCCCAUUUUCUAUGACAUCGAACCUUCAGAACUUCGUCAUGUGGAGAAGGGAGCAUAUGCCACAGCCUUUGAGGAGCAUAGAAGGAAAGGCAGGGUUACCGAUGAACGAGUGGAAAGCUGGAUAAAAGCCCUCGAUAAAGUUUCUGCUAUUUCUGGCAUCCCAUUCAGGACAGAGAUAGACGACCAUGGAGAGCGAUUGAAAGAAAUCGUAGAGACUGUAUUAGUAAAGGUAGGAAGGGAACAACUGCAUGUAUGUGAGUACCCUGUGGGAAUUCGCCAAGCGGCAGAGCAUUUCGAAAAGGUGGUUCUGAGUCGAAGUGAAUCAAAGAGCACCCACGUUGUAGGGAUUUUGGGGCUAGGCGGAUCGGGAAAGUCAACUCUGGCGACUCAUCUCUACAACUCCAUGUGUUCCCAAUUCCAGAGAUGUUGUUUCUUGUCUGAUGUGAGUAAAGAGAAAAUACCAUGUCUUCAGCAAACACUCCUCAGAAAUCUGCUGCGUGAUAAGAAUUUGCGUAUUGAGGAUUCGCGUAGAGGUAAGGCCAUGCUUCAAGAUCGUCUGCGAGGGUUGACACAUGUUUUGAUUGUUUUUGAUGAUAUAGAUAAUACAGAGCAAAUAGACAAUCUGUUAUGUGUAAAGGAUGUGUUGGGAAAUGGCAGUCUGAUUUUGGUGUCAUCUAGAGACCAAACUUUGUUUGUUAGUUCUAAAAUAGAAAUAUACAAUGUCAAAUUACUAGUUGAGAAACAAGCCCAAGAGCUAUUCUGCUGGUAUGCCUUUGGCAACCCCAAACCAGUCGACGAUUUGAAAGAUUUGGUGGAAGAGUUGGUUAGAAUGUGUGGUGGUUUUCCUUUGGCUUUGAAAAUUUUAGCAGGGCAGCUCUGUAAUGAACGUGACCCAAGAAAGUGGAAGCAGCAGUUGGAAAGCCUCCGUAAACAACUGCCGAAAGACGUACUACGAGGGAUAGUAAUGGAUAGCUAUGAAUCUCUUGACAUUAAAGAGAAAGAGGCCUUUUUAGACGUUGCCCAUUUCCUAAUGGGAGAAGACAGAGAUCUGGUGGAGAGGGUUAUGGAUGGAUUUAAUGAUAACGGUUUUCAAUGCCUUCAGACGCUCCGUCAGAAAUGCCUUGUGGAAUUUGAGCUUGCAGAUAUAAUUCGUUCAAGAGCGUUACAGGUUGAAAGCGUGGAUUGGAGUGUAGGUAUUUGGAGAAGAGCAAAGGGGAGAUUCAAAAUAAGAAUGCACGAUUUAGUGAGGGACUUGGCAAGACAAAUCGGCAGACAGGAGUUACCUCUUCGCCUCUGUUGUUCAAACGAUAAAAUGAUCCCCACACGGUACAAUGUCUUCACGCAACAGUACGGUGUACGAGGAAUUCGUGGAGAUGAAGACCACGAGUUGCCAGUAUUUUUGCAAAAUCAAGAAAUAAACGGGUUAAAGAUUCUAGCGGUUCAAAAUUCCAGUAUCCUGCAGCAAUUUAAUAGUGUGUCGGGAGACUUGAUAUGGCUUCGCUCGAGUGGAUCAAAGGACACUUCAAAUCAUUCUGCGCUCUCAUGGAGUUGUUUAAGGAAUAUUCCUUCUACUCUUUUACUGAGAAGUUUAAGAGUGUUGGAACUUCAUGGCGUUAGCCCUCAUGAUUUCUGCAACUUGUUUGAUGAUCGUGAGCCUCCUUCGCAGCUGCGUGCAUUCGAAGUCGCAUUCAAUCGAGAUUUUGGAAGCGCAAGCACGGGCACAGCUGGACCAUCCACAGCGGUGUUCAAAAAACAUGGUUCAACUUCAGAGUCAUUGCAGCCUCCAAUAGCUAUUGGACAGACGUUUCAGUCGUGGUUAGGAAAGCUGAAUUUCAGGAAUUUGGGUAAGAUAGUUUUACAAAAUAUUCCAGGCCUGAAAACACUUCCAAUUAAGUUUGAGGAAGUAAGAAAUCUGAGACAUGUAGACCUAUCUGGCUGCGGCGAUUUGGAGGUUUUGCCAGAAUCUUUUACUGAAGAGCUGUUGCAACUUCAGUAUUUAGCAUUGCGAGAUUGCAGGAAUCUUGUUCUCCAAGAUUUGGGAAAAAUCUCCACGCUUGAGUACCUCGACUUUCAGGGUUGCUCCAUGCUAAAGAAAAUGCCCAAAGGAACUGAGGUUCAGAAGUCUUUAAAGCAUUUAAAUGUGGUCCAUACUGAGCUGAGGAAAUUGCCUCACAAUCUUGAACAACUGGAAGAUCUGGAAGAACUACAUAUAGGGAGCUGGGGAUUGACAGAGAUGCCAUCUUCUCUAUAUAAUUUGAGCAGGUUAACAGAUUUAACUCUGAUAGGGUGCACUAAUCUACUUCUUAUUGCCAACUCUAUUGAAAAUUUAGUACAUUUGGAAAGUUUCAGAGUAUAUAAAUGUGGAAUGAGAGCGUUACCUGUAACAAUUGCACGGGUGAAUAUGAAAAUGUUGGAUGUUCAAGAAUGUCCACUUGAUAUGGAGCAGUUGCUGACAGGAGUGGAUCCAGGAAAUAUGCCUCUGGAUAAUUCUCAGGUGCAGGGAAGUAUUGGUCAGAGUGCUCGUCCAAAUCGCCCAGGUUGUUUAACAGAUUUAAUCAUAAGACACAGCUGCAUUCUAGAGAUAGACAUUCCUCAGGCCGAAAGUCUUUUUCCAAAACUUGAAAUUCUUGAUCUGUCCGACAAUCGUCUUUUGACAGAGAUUGGAAGGUUACCGGCCAAUUUGACGAGUCUGAAACUGACGAACUGUUCACAGCUGACAAGACUAGCAUGCCUCUCUAACCUGACAAGACUCAAAGUUCUUGACAUAAGCGGAUGUGGUGAACUAAGGGCACUUCAUGUGGUGGUGAAAUCAAUACAAGUUAUUAAAGCCAAUAGGUGUUGGCAACUGCGAAGCUUUCAGGGUCUGGAUCUAUUGGAACGGUUAUCCUUUUUUCAAAUCUCCGUUCGAGCAAGGGAGAUCCCCUUCUCAUUUCUCUAUCGUUUUCUGUUCGAAGGUAUAGAAAAAGAUGGAGGUCGAGUUUUAAAGGUGUUAGAGAAUUGCACGGAGGCUUCAUUUUUAAUAGAGGAUGUCAAGCUGAGCGGUGCAAUUUGGCUAUUACUUGUAACAGAUCCGAAUUCUGAGAUUGAAGUAUCAUUGCUUGGUCAUACUUACACCACCCACUCAUCCAGUUUGAAGAAUACAUUACAUGUACUGUUGUGGACAAGAGAUUCAGAAGUGUUUAAUGACUUUAAAUUCUCUAACGAUGAGGCAAUACAUUUCAACAUCAACGUACGCAACUCAUAUGGACGGGAUGAAUUUGAUAAGCCACUACUACGAAGGGGAUUGAUGGUAGAAGCCAUAAAUGGGCAGGUUUCUAAGGGGUUGUUUAAUUUAUUUGGGUUAUUUGAUUAAAUUUUGUAGUAAUUUGUAGAGUUGGUAAUUUCAUGAAUAUUAAAUUUUGCAUUUUGUA